AUGUUCAACGAAUUCGAUGACUUUGAAGGCCACCACUUUGUUCCUCGUCCUCGUGGCCACGGAAAUGCUUGGAUGGAAAAUCUACGAGCCUAUUCAGUGGCAAUGAUGGAUCGAACUGAACGGCCAGAAGUCAAUUUCGGUGGAAAGAUCAUUCUACCUCAAUCUGCUUUGGGCCAACUCACCUCAUUACACAUCCAAUACCCCAUGCUCUUCGAACUCUCAUCAGCCCUAACUCCCGAAAAACAUACUCAUGCCGGUGUACUUGAAUUCAUUGCUGAUGAAGGACGGGUAUACCUUCCUGCCUGGAUGAUGGACACACUCCUCAUCACAGAAGGCGACAUGAUCCGUGUGAAAAAUGUAUCCCUCCCACUCGGUUCAUUCGUGAAAAUUCAACCGCAAUCAGUCGCAUUCCUAGAUAUUACCGACCCAAAGGCAGUAUUGGAGAAUGCGUUUAGGAAUUUCUCGGCAUUGACGGAAGGGGAUGUCAUAAGGUUUCAGUACAAUAAGAAGGUGUUUGAUAUUGCUGUUAUGGAGACUAGGCCAAGUGGGAGGGGGAUUUCGAUUAUCGAGACUGAUUUGGAGGUGGACUUUAUGGCUCCAAUAGGCUAUGAAGAACCCAAAUCUAUGAAGAGCAAACUCUCGGCAUCUGUGCUAUCAUCAUCCGUCUCAUCAAUCGACGAACACAAGGUUGAACGUGACCUAGCUAGCUUCAGACCAUUCAAAGGAUCUGGUCAACGAUUGAAUGGGAAACUAGCUGAUUCACCAUCUGCUUAUGGCGCAUCAUACGGAAGCUCACCUGUCGCAUCGCCGUUUGGUCAGAAACCACCUUCUGGAAGUGGAGCUCUACCGAAUCCGUCAACAGCAGCAGCGGCAGCAGGGUCUGGUAGUGGUGUUGGUGUGUCGUCGACAAAUGGAAGAGGACCUAUUCCUGCUGCUUUACAUUUACCAUUUGGGAAGUUGUUCUUUGGAUAUGAGACAAUCAUCAAGACCAAAGCUGAUAAGAAUAACCCAGAUGCAGCGGCAACGAAUACUCCAGAAUCAUUCACUGGUCAAGGUCAAACAUUGCGUGCUUCAAAGAAGGGUAACGCAGGUCCAUCAUCCUCGUCAGGUGCUGGUCCAAGUAGCAGCAAAUGA